AUGGAAAAGACAGAAAGAAAUAAAGGGGUUGGUAUUAUUUAUAUCAUUACGAUAAAGAAAUGGUGGAAGAAGAAUGGUAUGAAAACUACUAGAUUGGUUGCGAAUCAUACUGAAAAAGAAAACGUAGAAAAAGUUUAUUCGCACACUAAUCCUUUUAUAAGAAAUUUUAUCAGACGAUCUAUUAAAGGAGGAAGAGUUUCGGCAAAUAGAAAAUCAUUUGAAACGAAGAAAAUGGAUGAAAUUUGUAACGUAUUAAAGGAAUAUAUUUCACAAAGUGACACAGAAAGUAAUAACAUAAUUGAUUUAUUCAAAGAAUACAGUGCAAGCACAAAAGACAAAACGGAGGUUCAUUCGAGACUUAAAAAAAUAGAAUGUACUAAACUAAUGGCAUUUGAUGCUAACGGUUUAUACGCUUCCGCCAUGUCGGAUUUAGACAGUGAAUAUCCGAGAGUGGAAAGUGGAAGACCGUUUCUACCAGAAGAAGAAAAAGAAUUUGUAAAACUCUUCAAUAAACAAAAAUUCAGACCUAGAACAGCUAUUUUAACAGUGUGGUUUGAUUAUCCCAAAAACAUGUUCUUCCAGCCGAUACCAGCUAAAGAUAAAAUCACUUUCACGAAUAAAGAAGGUAAAAAGGAAACUGGUAACAAAAUCAGGUUCAGAAAUGGUUUCUGUCACGACGUUUUAACAUCGGUCGAUAUUCAAGAAAUAGUGAAAGCCGGUGGACGAAUUAUUAGAAUAUUAGAUGGUAUAGUUUACGAAGAAAAUCUUAAAACUCCACCCUAUAGAGAUUAUAUCUUAAUUUUGAUAGAUCUAAGAAAUAAAUAUAAACGAGAAGGUAAUAUCGUGGGUAGUAAUUGCAUGAAAUUAUUAGGUAAUUCCUUGUAUGGUAAAUCAAUUCAGAAAGAUAUAUUCACAACUAGACAUUUAUGGAAUGAAGCAACUUUACAGGCCAACUUUGAUUCACCUGUUAAAACCUAUGAGAAAAAUUAA